AUGGCUUCAAACAUUCCGAUCAAUUUGAACGAACCUCCUCACGACGUAGAAGAUGCAGUCCUGAGAUCCUCACAGAACAUUAUAAUUGACCUAAGUUUCGACAAUAUCCUGGAAAUUGGAUACCCUAUUAUCGAGCUCGACUUAAAUCAAUUUUUUGAAGAUGAUGACGAAGCUAGGUCUGUUUCAUCUGUGGAAGAGGAUAUUGGCCAGCAAGCUAAUGGUGGAGAAGGAAAUAGAGACAUAGAAGGGCACGUAAUAUCGAGUGGACAAGAGAUCUUCAAUGAGUUUGACAACGUCAAUGGUGAAGCAGUGAAGACAAGACAAGGCAAUGUUCAAGGGAGAAAGAAAAUGACUCUAACUAACGUUGAACGUUGGGCAGUUUACCAUGCUUUGUUGGAGAAAAAUGUAAAUGGUAAAUUGAAAAAGAAUACAACAAAAGAAGUGAAAGAUAUAUUCAAUAUUGAGGAGAUGCGAACAGUUCAAAGAAUAUGGCAAAUUCACAAGAGAACUCCACCAGGCUCAGAUGUGGAUGUUUCAUCGAAAAAGGCACGAAAUUGUGGUCGUAAACAAAUUGAGAUGGCGAAUGGAAGGCAUCGUUACGAAAUAUCUUCCCUGAUUAAUAGUGAAUACAUCUGCUUUCCCGCUCACAACAAAAGCCGGCUUUGA